AGUCAAAUGAAUCGUUAAAUGAAGUAAUGACCGAUAAUUAUCAAGAUAGCAUAAGUCAUGAACUCAUAUUUGACACAGACUCUUCGGCUGAAGAAUCAGAUGAUUCUUCAUUUAAAAUAACUUUGGAAGGAGAAACGUAG